CCGGCGACGCUUUUGUUGAUGGAGCUGCGGCUGCGCAAACCUGGAGAAGGGCAGGAGAUUGGAGAGGCUCUGAAGGAGUUGGUAGGAGCGAGGCAAUGGCCAAACUGGUCCAGUCCAGAACCAAGUUUCUGCCCCAGGAGUGGCACCUGUCCAACAAGAGCCGCUACAAUGACGCUGAGGUGCAGCGUUCCCGCUCGGAGCGCCUGGUCUUAGAGAGCGAGAGGCUGGUGGGAGAGAUCGAAAACAGUACCAGGAAAACCCAGCGUGAUGUAAACAAGAAACUCGAUCAGAGGAUCGAAGAGGUCACUUACUGGGAGAAGGAACUUAACACCAAACUCGAGGAGCUGACAGAUGAGACUGAACUCUUACUGGGACAGAAGACCCGUCUAGAGAAAGCUCUGGACAGUUACUAUUCUGUUCUCUGCAUCGUUCAGCAGUGUCUGCUCAAUCGGUUAAAUCGUUCUGCUAAGUUUUAUCUUGAGAAAGAUUUGAAAGACAAGUCCAUCGCUCUGAAAGUGGACAAAUUCACGGCCAACCUGACAAACAACUCUCCGAACAUUGAGUACUCGCCUAAUGUGGUCAGGAUCGAGGGAAACUCAGUCACACCACAGGAGUGGCAAGAUUUCACCGACACAAAUAUUGUAAAUGCUGACAAACAGAAGAAUAAUUCCACGGCUAUGCGUUCCCUGAUCGACGACAUCUUAGCCCAAACUACAGAUGAUGUGCAGAAACAAGUGGAGGCUGUGAACCGUGCCUUUAAAUUCCGCAUUCAAGAAACAAGAGAUUCGAAGUGCAAACUGGAAAAACAUUUGAGUAAGGUGCUGGAUGAGAUUGCCUCGCAGGAGAAGAACAUUGAUCUGCUGAAGAAGGCCAUCAUGGAUGAGGAAGGGCCCAUGAUGGUAGCGCAGACACGGUUGGACACUCGGACUAAACGGCCAAACGUGGAGCUGGUCCGAGACCCGGCACAGUACCGGCUGCUCUCUGAGGUGAAAGAGAUCACCGAGAACGUUACCAGGCUCCGGGAGACUCUGGCUCAGGCUGAGGCAGAGUUACAGGGACUGCGGCGGAACCAGCUCGCCUUGGAGGAAGAGAUCGAAAUCAAGACCAACAGCUUGUACAUCGAUGAUGUCCAGUGUAUGAACCUGAGGAACUCCAUUUCCAUCAAUCACUUCUAACAUUACAGGAGCACACAUCUCUGUGAGGCUGUCAGAGAGGAGCCGAACUGAGUGUACCAUAAAGAGCAUUUUAUAAUUGUGAAGUUGCCCUUUUCUUGUAUUUCUUUACCUUUAGUUGCCCCAUCCUACUGUAACUAUAUAUAAUUGUCAGAA